AUGAAUGCAAAACUCACCAUCAAACGCAAGCAAUCACAAUCAUCUUCAUCGUCUGCAUCAGCUUCAGCAUCACAAUCUUCGCAAUCUUCAACAAUAAAUUCUUCCACAAGUUGUAUACAAAAUAGUCAAAAUGAUGAAGCAGAUGAUGAUGAUAUUGUGGAGGUGGCUCCAUCAUUAUCGGGAAGUAGUACAUUGCACUUUCCGAUUAGGACAAUGGUAUCAAUUCAUAGGAAUGUAGUGCUACAGAUUACAUUAUUUGACAAGUUGAGGGAUAAAUCUACAUUAAAGUCUUCAUUGGCUUCGACUUGGUUUAAAAAGGAGCACCUGGAUGAGUUCUACACUUAUUUGAAAUACUUUUUGAAGAAACAAAUUUAUCAGGAAAUCAAGUUUAUUCCAACAGAACCAGGUAGGAUUGAAUUGAAAAUAGAAUUACCUCCAGAAAAGACGAUUCAAGUAAUUAAAUGUAAAACCAUUCAAUUUACCUAUGAGUGGAAAAAGACAUAUUCUAAUUUUUUCAUGUUGAGGAGAAAGGAUACACAAGAGGAGUAUGAAAGAGAAUUAUUGAAAGCACAACUUACAAGAAAGCCAUCUGUGCCUAUUCUUAUUGAGGAUGAUCCACAAGGUCCAGUCAAACACAAUUUGGAUUUAAGUGACGAGGAAACACCAAACAAGAAGCAAAAAUCAAUUCACAAUUUGGAUUUGAGUGAUGAGGAAAAUGUGAAACAAACCCCACCAAGAAAGAAAAAGAAACCAACUGUUAUUAUUGAGGAUGACGAUUCUUCAUCAUCUGAAGAGGAAGAUGUAGAAUUAAAGGAAGAUAUUGAGUUAAACUCUCCACCUUUCAAAAAGUUUAAACAAAGUCUGGUAUCUUGGCGGUACCAGCUACUUGUCUAUUUGGAACCAAAGGAAAAGGAUAUUCUGGAAUUGACAGGAGCUAAAUCAAAAAGCAAAUUCUUUUAA